CGGCCCAGUUCGCACCGGCACCGCCGCGCCGCUCAGCUCCCGGUGCCCGCCGUGCCGCCCUCGGCCGCCGCGCCGGCACCUCGCGGCCUCACUCUGCUCCCGUUUGUUUGGGCAGAGCGGCCGGGGGGGCUGCGGCGUGGGACCGGGCCCGGACGACCUCUGCGUGCGCCCCGGCAGCGCCGCGGGACGGGCACGGACGCACGCCCGGGGCUUCGGUCGCCGUCGGGCCGUGAUUAGCAGCUGCCGCCCGGACAAUUAAAAUGCAGCGCUGGGGCAUGGCCGUCAAUGUGUACUCGACGUCGGUGACCAGUGAGAACCUGAGCCGCCAUGACAUGCUGGCCUGGGUCAACGACUCCCUGCAGCUCAACUACACCAAGAUCGAGCAGCUCUGCUCAGGGGCCGCCUAUUGCCAGUUCAUGGACAUGCUGUUCCCCGGCUGCGUGCACCUGCGGAAGGUGAAGUUCCAGGCCAAGCUGGAGCACGAGUACAUCCACAACUUCAAGGUGCUGCAGGCCGCCUUCAAGAAGAUGGGAGUGGACAAAAUCAUCGCGGUGGAGCGGCUGGUGAAGGGCAAGUUCCAGGACAAUUUUGAGUUCAUCCAGUGGUUCAAGAAGUUCUUUGACGCCAACUACGACGGGAAGGAGUACAACCCGCUGCUGGCGCGGCAGGGCCAGGACGUCGCGCCCCCCCCUAACCCAGGUGAUCACAUCUACAACAAACCCAAGAAACCCAUUGGCACUGCAGUCCCCCAGAGGACCUCCCCCACGGGCCCCAAGAACACCCCGAACCCAGCCCGCCUCGGCAACGUGCCCAGCGGCAUCCUACGGAAAAACUCGCCCGCCGCCCGCAACGGCGGCACCGAGGCCGACGCGCAGAUCCUGGAGCUGAACCAGCAGCUGAUGGACCUGAAGCUGACGGUGGAUGGGCUGGAGAAGGAGCGGGAUUUCUACUUCAGCAAACUGCGGGACAUCGAGCUCAUCUGCCAGGAGCACGAGAACGAGAACAGCCCCAUCAUCACCGGCAUCGUCAGCGUCCUCUAUGCCACGGAGGAGGGCUUUGCCCCACCGGAGGACGACGAGCUGGAGGAGCAGCCGCCAGAGGACCAGGACGAGUACUAGCCCCGGCCCGCGCCCGCCCCGCGCCGCCCCCACCACAGACAUCGGAGGGCCGAGCCCGCGCCUCGCCCCGCACCGCCACACGCCAC